CAGAUGAAGUUAUUCCAGCAAUUGAUCCAAGAAAGGUAGAAAUUUUUCAAAGGUACCUCCAGUGGUUGAUUGAAGAUCAGGACUGUGAUGAUACUCAAUUCCAUACAUUAUAUGCUCUAUCACUUGCCAAAUCAGCAAUUGAAGCCUUUCAAACUGAAAAUACUUAUCAAAACAGUGACAUUGGAAGGGUAGAUGAGACAGUAAUUUCUAAUAAUAGAAUGAACUCGAUCUUUGAAAGUCCUCUUCGAGAAAGACUGCAGAUAUUUUUGUCGUCUUCAGACUUGUAUGAUCCAGAGGAAGUUCUUUACUUGAUCGAAGGAUCGGAGUUAUGGUUGGAAAAGGUCCAUUGGAACUCUUAUAAUUACUUUGUUGUUGGUUCUGCCUAUUGACUUGGCUGACUCUUCUGAUUAUGUACUAUUCAGAUCGUUUACUGCCUAAUGAUUUGCAUCAUUUCUUUCAAACUGUUGUUAGGCAAUUCUUUACAGAAAACUGGGUCAAGAGGCAUUAGUGCUCCAAAUUUUGGCAUUAAUCAACACUGAAGAAAAUGAAGAUGAAGUGACUGAAAAUGAAGAAAAUUCGGGUUCCGCUUCUACUUCUGCCAGUACUGAAGAAAGUAUUGAACUUUCACCAGCAAGAGCAAGACCUCAAACGGUGAACCGUGCACAAACAAGGUUAUAGUGUUUUGGUUUCUUAAUUGCGGACUCAUGUGUUCAUUUCUCCAAGCAAGUUGAGGAUGAAGCUCAUAGGGCCUCACCAUCUUAGAAAGAAGGAUGGAUCAAACAGUAACUCUUCUAGACACAAUUUGCAAAGGAAAAUGAAGAAAUUUCUCCAGCAUAUGUUGCAAAAAUUCCAAAGUCUUAUGUACCAAACGUACUUGUGUCAACAACUUCUGUAUCUGUCAGGUUUGAUCAUGCCCACAAUUUCUGCAUCUGAAGGAGCAGGGGAAAUUGACAAAAAGAUUGAUGAGGAUGAUAAAAUAAGUAUUAGUGCCAGCUCAAUCCUGCGUCCACGUGCUGUCUUAUCUAGUCCAGAAAUGGGGACACAUAUGCUGGAGAAUAUUUUGCGGACUCAAUGCAUGGGUUUGGGCUCUAUUCUUUUGCAAAUGGACAUCGAUAUGAAGGACCCUGGCAUGAGGGUAGAAGGCAAGGGCUUGGAAUGUACACAUUCAGAAAUGGUGAAACACAAGCUGGUCACUGGCAAAAUGGAAUUCUUGACAUUCCAAGCACACAGAACACCACCCAUCCUGUAUCUCCUGUUGCUGUUUAUCAUUCAAAAGUACUCAAUGCAGUGCAGGAAGCUCGGCGAGCAGCAGACAAAGCCUAUGAUGUAGCCAAGGUGGAUGAAAGGGUCAACAGGGCAGUUGCAGCAGCCAAUAGGGCAGCUAAUGCAGCUAGAGUAGCAGCAGUUAAGGCUGUCCAAAAACAAAUGCACCAUAAUAGUAACAACAAUGUUCCAAUUCCAAUUGUGUGACACUCCCAACUGCCGCUCUGGCUCUUUUAAUGUGCAAGACGGCAGCAUCAGGACAGUGGCUUAUGUUUGUUUUCUUCAACAAGUAGCUUUGUGUUUUUAUGCGGUCUCCUUGGCCCCUUGCCUUGAGGGGACGAUUUGAUUUGUAGAGCCUCUUCAAAGCUGUGAGUAGUAGGGAAGAUUACUGAAGAGUGUGCAACGGUCAUCUAUACAGCUUGAAGAUUGUGUAUACAUAGAGAGGAGAUAGGGAGGGUGGAUGGUGAUGGCAUCCAUAUUUUUCAUUUUUGCUGUUCCAUCUUAAGUACAUUUUUGUAAAGAUCAGGUAGAUGUAAUAUAAAGUGCUGGUGCCUAGGUAAAACCUCAAACCAGCCACUAUUGAUGUGAGUUUGCUGGUAUUUAAUGGAGGUAACAAAUUGUCUAGUCACUGAAAAAAAAA